AUGUACGCCGAGACCGACGACGUCGGCGUCUCGACAACGCCGACUGUAGCGAUGGGAAUUUCACCGUCGGCGGCACGCGUGUAUCGGGCCCGUUGCGCGGCGCAAGCAGAUACCACCUGUCAGGUUACAUGCGACUGGGGGCGUGACUCGCAUGUUGCGAAGCGGCAAGAUCAAGCACAACCUCCAGUGUCACAGAUUAUGAAGAUCAUUAGCGUAUCAGGCAACGAAAAGUUGCUCAACAGCCUUGCUGUGAACAUGGGGCUUUUGUAG